GGCGCCCCCGGCUCCGGAAACGCGCUGCUGGGCUACAGGGCUCCGCCAGGCGCAGGCGGCUCCGUGGCGCUUCCUGCCACGCCGGGCCUGCUUACACCGCGCCGCUCUUCUUCUGUGAGGGCACAGAGUCAGGCGCCGUGGGCCGGGUGAGCGUACGGACUGUGGGAGGGAUGUGCAGCUCGAGUGAUCUUGAGAUUGUGCGCGUGAGCAAGGAUAUGUGGCCGAGAGAGCUUGUGGGGCGGCAGGAGGCUGUGCUGGGAGGCCUGUGUGAGUGCGUGGACCUCGAGAGAAUUUACGGGGAAGGGGGCGUUUUGUAGAAAGGCAUGUUGCUGGGCCUUGGAGCAAACCAGGGGUCAAAAGGGAAAGGUCUCUAGUGGUGGGUGGGCAUGGCGAGGCCCUGAGGCCUUCUCAUGCAGGGCUGCGGGCAACAGUCCAAGGCGGGAAUCGCGGAUGUGUUGAGGCCUGUGUUGCUCUUUGGAGGAUGCUAAGGACUGGGAACAGGUCAGGAGCUGGGGAUGGACUCACACACACAGCCCCCAGUGACACGGAGGCCUUAGGGCUACCAUAAGGGCUGAAGGGACUUUCCCCCUAGUAUGGGGGAGGGGUUGGACCUCUGGGGCCCUGAAGAAGGUUCUGGCUUGGGGGUGGGGGAAGGGGAUCUACCUUUCCAUUUGAGCAGUGACUGCACGGGAGCAGGGAGCAGGGAGCAGGUACCGUUUCUUAGGGCAGAAAUUUGGGAGUGCAGAAGGGAAUUCUUGCCAGAUGAAGAGGCAUUCUACCAUGGCCCUCCUGGGAACCACAUUUUCUGGCACCACUCCAUUGCCCCCUUCUAAACUCCUUUGCUGGUUCCUCCAGUCUAUAUUUGGGUGAUUAAUUACAUGUCUUUUUUACACACAUGCAUACUCCCACUUGCCUGCUGCCCAAAGCCCAUGGUCCUUUUCAGUGUCCCCACCCCCAUUCCUGGCUCUCUUCCCAGAGGGCUCACCCUUUGCCAGCUGACACCCUCUAGCCAGCCUUGGACUCAGAGGCAGGCAGCCCUCUCCAGUCUCCUUGGUCAGUGGAACAUUUCCUCUUAAACCUCAAUCUCUACAUUUUCCUUUAGGAGAAAAUUUCAGAUGGGACUAGUGGAAUAGUACCUCUCCUGGGUAGGACUACGUACCUUACCUCUUCUCCCAUUGGACUUUGCUAUAGAAACAACAUUCACAGUGUCUGACACAGUCUGUCCAUUGCCCUAAAGUGGUCUUGAAUCUGUAUUUAGAAUGCCAUAGAGCAGUGAUUUCUAGCCUUCUGUUGAUGACAGACACCUUGGAAAAAUCGGCUAAAUAGUUUUGAGUUCUCUUGUCAGAAGUCUGACAACCAGCAUAGCCUCAGAAGGAAGUUCCUGAGUAGGAAAGCUGUCUGAUAUGAGGUGUGGGGGAACAUCCAAAUUCUAAACAGGUCCAAUGUCUGCAUGUUGAAAGAGAGCAGUUCUGUAACAGGUACCCAGACCUGUGGUUCUACCACUAGAAUUUUCACUGAAUCAUUAGCUCGGUUUCUAACAGUGAUCCAGCCCUUCUAUAACUAUCUGAGCCCUUUAGAUGGCUCAGGGCAGCUUCAUAGCAUCUCACCAUACUCUCAGUUUAGAAUCUUUUAUAUCCAGAUGGUGUACCUCCAUGAUUCUAUACUUAAAUUUUAUUUUGAUUUUUAGAAAGAUGUCACUGUGUAUUGGAGAAAUGGGAACAUAAACCUUUCCUCAAUUAAACAUAACAAACAAUAUAAAAUCCCCUUCUGGUCUACUUUCUGGCUUUUUAUAGAAUGAAAUAAAGAGGGAAACUUCAACAGAGAUAGGUGCCCAGGCAAAACUGAGAAAACAGAUGCCUUCCCACCCACACAUACAGAAAAAAAAUGCACACUGACACAAAUAUUCCAAGAGAAACAGACUUUCCUGGUAAGACAGUCAUCCCUUUUGGUCUUUUAGGAUUCUACACUUUUGAGUAGUAGCCAGAUUUCACAGUACAAGAUGGGCCCAUGGGCCUCUUGCUCACCUUUUGGUAUGCCAGGUUCAUUUGGGAACAUAAAGAGCAGGUACACCUGUGUUCCCAGGGUCAUCUCAGUAUAUGUACCCUUGACUUACUAAGGCAUAUCCAGACCUUGGAAGUACCAUUUUAAUUACACAGCUUGUCUUGCCCUUGAUUCUCAGGAUUCAACUCAGUAUGAGCAGGACAGGUUCCUGGAAGGUACACGUAUGAGCUGCUUCUGUUCACCCAACUUAUUUCAAUCCAACAGGUUAGAAAUUCUCCACAGGACUAAUCUCUUGGAACUGUUCUAAACGAGAUGAGUCAUCCCUGUGUGUCAUUUUUAGGAUUUGGUGUCAUUUGAUAUUGUACCGUGGCACCUUACAGAACAGGAGUGGCUGAGUCUAAGUCUGAGUCCGGAGCAGCAGGCACUGGCAUAUUCCCGGGCUGUGACCUCCAUUGGAGUUCCUGUUGUGAAUCCGGCUUUGGUAUCUCACCUGUCACAAGGACAACUUCUGUUGGUAUCAGAUCCAUCCCUCAGCACAGAUCACAAUAAGCACCCUGAAAGCACCUCUGCGACUUCCCACCAGAAGAUGGGUGAAGAAGCCCAGCUGCAAGAGAUGGCAUCCACGAGUUCCCCGAGGGCCAAUGACCCCAGCUCUGAGGUCAAACAGAAUGGGGACUCUGGGGGAAGGGGAGGGAGCCCACAAAAUCUGCCCGUAGAACACCAUUUUGCAUGUAAAGAGUGUGGGGACACCUUCCGCCUUAAAGUGCUCCUUGUUCAGCACCAGAGGGUUCACAGUGAGGAGAAGGGCUGGGAGUGUGGCGAUUGCAGGAAGGUCUUCAGGGGGGUGUCAGAAUUUAAUGAGCACAGGAAGAGCCACGCAGCUGUGGCCACUCAGCCCCGGCCUGGCCCCAGUUGGGCUCUGGAAGAUGCCUUGGAAAAGAGGGAGCAAAUGGAGAGGGAGGCGAAGCCCUUUGAGUGUGAGGAGUGCGGGAAAAGGUUUAAGAAGAACGCAGGCCUUAGUCAGCACCUGAGGGUGCACAGCAGAGAGAAGCCCUUUGAUUGUGAGGAGUGUGGGCAGUCCUUCAAAGCCAACACCCACCUCUUUCGACAUCAGAAGCUUCACACUUCGGAAAAGCCCUUUGCGUGCAAGGCGUGCAGCAGGGAUUUCCUGGACCGCCAGGAACUUCUCAAGCACCAGCGGAUGCACACGGGCCACCUGCCCUUCGACUGCGAUGACUGCGGCAAGUCCUUCCGUGGUGUCAACGGCCUGGCAGAACACCAGCGCAUCCACAGCGGCGCCAAACCCUACGGGUGUCCUCACUGCGGCAAGCUGUUCCGGAGGAGCUCAGAGCUCACCAAGCACCGGAGGAUCCACACCGGUGAGAAGCCCUAUGAGUGCAACCAGUGCGGCAAGGCCUUCCGCCAGAGCUCCAGCCUUCUAGAGCACACGCGCAUCCACAGUGGUGAGCGGCCUUAUGCGUGCGGCGACUGCAGCAAGGCUUUCCGAGGGCCUUCUGACCUCAUCAAGCACAGGCGCAUCCAUAGCGGACUGAAACCCUAUGAGUGCGACAAGUGUGGCAAGGCCUUCAGGAGGAGCUCAGGCCUGAGCCGCCACCGUCGGAUCCACAGUGGGGCUAAACGCUGCGAGUGCAGUGAGUGUGGUCGAGUGUUCAAGAGGCGCUCAGCACUGCAGAAACACCAGCCCUCCCAUCACGAGUAAACACUGCCGUGGGUCCCAUAGCACGUGUCUGCAGAGGCUAUGGCUCAGUCAAAGGAGAUGAACAGUUUUGUAGCGCUUAUCUACUUUAUUGUGUGAGAGGUUGAAAUGAUUUAUACUGCCACCAGCAAUUUAUAAAUAUCACUGAUUCCCAGUACACCUAUUGAGAAUAACUUUUACCAUUUGAACAUAUAUUGGCUAGUUUUCCUGGCAGAAGGUAUCAUCAAGGUAUUUCAGUCUUUACAUCCAGAAUGAGAAGAAAAGUCUGCUAAUGGGGGUCUUGUAUGGAGCUGGGAGGUCCUUUCCAAGCUCUGUCUCUAAGAGAAAUGUAGCAUUGUUCAAUGGCAUCAAUAUGAAAGGAAAAUUGCCCCAAGAUUUUGGCGUACUUGAAUUUAUAAAAUUUUAGGGAUGUAAAUAUAAUGCUCAAAUGCCAUAAUAUUUAAUUUAUUAAUUUAGCAAUGCAUAUGCAUUGUAAAUCACAUUUAUGAAAUAAUAUAUUAAUUUAGAAAAUACUCCUUUUUCACUAUCCUCCCUUUGUUUCUAAGUCUUGAUGUGCAUUUUUGACCUCACCAGCAUGGGAACCUGUUUGAGUGAUCUAAGCUAUGGUAGCACUGUGACAAUCCCUGGGUGAGGCUUUCACCAGAAGUCUCCUCCCAAGCCAUAACAACAUAAUAUUAGUACCAUUCUUUGCGUGUUUUUGAAUUAUCACUCUACCUACAACAUCACUAUUUAAAGUGGUGAUUUUUUCAGACAUCACUCCUGGGUCAUACUCCUAGUAAAACUUACUGGGCCGAAGAUAAACUUUUUUUUUGCCUCAUUUUGCUAAGACAAUUCAGUCCAGUAAUCCCUAUGAAUACCCAAAACAAACUUUGUCCUCACACAGUAUCAUUUUGUUCAAAAGACAGUAAGAGCACUCCUGAAUGAAAGGGACAUCUUCAGGACAUAAAGGUAAAAUGACACCUCUUCCUUGGAAGAUCCUUACAGCACUUCCUCCGUUUGCAGCUUUGAAGUGGGGAGUAGUCACAAUCCCUACCUCCUAAGGUUCUCCUAAGGAGUGUGCCUUUCCUACAAGGAUGCUGCCUGCAAGGAGGUGUAUGUACUCGGUUAAAGUCACUUGUUGGUGUCACACAGCUCAUUAGCACCAGAAACUGGGGUGGACCCCUCAGGCCUCCUGACUGCUAGUCUUAUCUUUUAUGCAUAGUAUUUCUGUUUUCUUGCAUGCAAAUUAUUCGUUCAUCUCCUUUGACUAGUUAUCAAGUUACCUUGGAAAUACUGACUUUAUAUAGUAGUUCUUUCUAUAUCAAUUGUGAUUUUAUUUUCUAAUUUUUAUUGCUUCUUUUUUUGUACCUUAUUACAUUUUUGUUGUGCAAGUUUUAGGUUUUUUUACGUAUCCUUGAAUUCUUUUUUGUCUGUUAACCUGUGAUUUUAAUUGCUUCAGUACUUAGAUAUGAUAACCUUUUCUUGGAGAAUUUAUUUACAGAAGAAAAGUUAAAUUGCCCGCCCAUCAAGAAAGUGACCAUACAAGGCGGGCAGGUUGGAUGAGAGUGGGCCAGAGAGGCAGGCCCAAGCCACAUCUAAGAUGCAGACUCUCUGUGGGCAGCACUUGACUAUACAACCUGGCCACUAUGUCUGCCAUACAUUGCUCAGAGCGCUCUGUGAUUGCUCAUCAGUACAGCCCCAGCUACCAGCAGCAGGGCUCAGCUUCCCUAGACCAACAGAAUGGUCCCAGUGUGGCAGCAGCUAGCCAUCCUUCAAGCUCUCAGGAGCCUUGACUAUUUUGGAUUCAGUGACUGAGCAGCAGCUCCAUGUAAGAAACAUUUCAGACACAGAAGACUGACCUGACUGGUACUGUUAUGUAACCUUCAUUCUCCUCCAAACAAGUGACUCUGAAAUGAGAAUGAUCAACUUUGUGGCUUCUGCUUUGGGCAACUAGAUUGAGAAACUUGCCCAUGUGUUCUGGCAUCACUUCCUACUGUCACAUCUAAGAAGGAUGACAUAUAGGCCUGGAGAGAAAUGGAGCUUUGUUCUUCCAGUAGCCUGCCUGCCAUGCCACAAAAGCUGGUUGCACCAGGUCUGGUCUAGGACUUGGAGAAGCCAUGCCCAAGAGGGCAAUAAAACAAGAUCAGAGAACAGGAAGCCACCUGACAGUUCAUGUGGCACAGAAAUUGAAACUGAUCACACUGCAGUUGGGCCAUUGCUUCCGGCAAGCCCCCUCAGAAGAAACAGCAGCUGAAGAAGGUGGCCACAUCGGGGCUGUGGCCUGAGUUUCCAGUUGUGCCCUGAGGGAUAUUACAGGACCAGAAACUGUACCCUUCUGGCCCCCUAGUGAGGAGUGUUGGACUUUCUUUGGGGCACAGCCUGAAAGGGCUUCCAGCCCCAUCCUGGGAAGCAAGAUCUAACUGACAAUGACCUCUAUGAUCUUGGUUAAAAGGGCCCCUCUAAAGCCCCAGGCCACCACAGUGGCCCUGUAGGCCUUCUCUAUGCUGGAGAGAAGCCAACAACAGUUGCUAUAUAGCAACUCCUGUUGCUCUGUGGGCUCAGUUCUGGUGGUUUCUUGUGAGCCAGUCUGAACCCACUUCUUUCUCUAAUUACUUUUCUCAUUGUGAGCUGUUAGGACCUGCUUUGUACAGCUAUUAUUGGGUAAGAAAUGUUGACAUCCACAAGGGGGCAAAUCUUGGCACCUUUACCUUGAAAGAAUGCCAUUUCUUGCUCAGUCACUCAUCAUUUGUCAAGGUUGACAAAAGAUAUUAUUGAAGUCUAGAGUAACACUAACUUGGCAGGUAGCAGAGAGUAGUCACUGCCCAGCUAGGGCAGGACGUCUCUUCCUACCCCUUCCUACCCUCUUCUACUCUUUUCUAGUUUGGAUUCUGUAAUUUUUUUCUCUUGAACAAAUCCUUUUUCAGAGUUAACACUAAAAAUUGGUGUCUUUUCCAUGAUUGUUGUCAGAUCAGCUUUUAAACGGUGUUGGCAGCGAAAUCCCUACUCUCUCCAAAUGCAGUCAGUGUUGUGGCUUUAACGUGUGGCCCAUAGUUUGAUCCUUUGCCUUGGGUAAUGUAGGGGUGGAUUUCCUUGGAUCCUCUAGGUGUAUGGUCUAUGUCCAAUGCAAACAUUUCUUGCAGUGUGUGCUUGUCUAUGCAUUUGUGUAUCUACCUCAUUGUACUUUUCUUUCUAACCACAUACAUUCUUCUUGCAAGGGAGUGGAGAGCAGCUGGAUUACAUAAAAUUCUGGCUCUCUAUAGAGAUCCAUCCCUUUACCAUAUUAAGAAAGAAGUCCUCUGUGACUUUUAUUCAAGUUUUUGAAUACUUGCUGAAGUUUUUAAAAAGCAAAUGUUUACCAUUUUGCUGCUUAUUAUGAUUAACUAUAUCAAUUGGUUGUAUCAUGCCUACUCUUGGAUUAAUAGAAUAAUCCCACCAGAUCACCAGAAAGACGUGUGAGCAUCUUUCUCCCAUGAUACUGCAUUCUAUGUGCUUGAUUUUGUGCUUGAAGUGGCAUGACACCCGCCCUGCCUGUAGUUCUAGGCUGUGGCCUUGUUGUGUGCCACGUGACUUGCCACCUCACUUCUGGACCACAUUAAUUAAACCAACCCCAGACACCUGACCCAAAGGCAGCAACCAGCAGUCAGACCUAAUUAGAGAAGGUAGACUUGGCCUUUUAGGACUGUGAAAUGCAAAAGAGGAAACUGAUGUCUGGUUGGUAUUGGAGGCAUGGAGGGAUGCACAAGGUAUUUCAAGGAGUUGCCCAUGGAAGUAGAACCAAGGAGAUCUACAUGUUCUGCCCAGAGCUGCGUGGGCCCCACCAUAACAGGCUUGGCUGUAUCUUCCUGGAUUGCUGGCAGCUGUCUUCAUCAGUCUAUGUGUGUCCCCAGCAUAGACACCCCCUGCCAUGCCGUUAGCCAACUUGAAUGGGUCUGUACUUUUUUGAAAUUUGUCAAGAGCCAAUUGCAUUUGACAGUUGGGCUGCUUCCUGAGAAGAUUUGUAUUGCUGGCUUUCCUCCCAUUCUACCCAUCCAAAAUUCCUGGCCUAAAUCCAGUUGAUUGACAUGAACACCUGUUUAAAUGUGGUACUGUACUCUGUUCACUAAGAUGGGUGUAAACCUAUGCCUUUUAGUUUCUGGGUUUAACCCAUGAUCUUCUUUAUGAGUGUAGUUCCUUUUCUGAACAGCAUUUGACUCAUAACAUGAGCUCAUUGUAGCCCAUUCUAUUCUGUUUUGGAAGUGUUUUACUAUUUCCAGCAAACCCGCUAGAUUAGGGGAUUGAUGACACCUCUAUUCCUAGUGUACUUGCAUUCUGUAGUUCACAUUACAUUGGUUUGAGUACUUAGUUUCAAAAAUAGAAAUGGUAUAUUUGAACAUGAUCCUCAGUGCUACUUGUGUAUCUCUGAGAAUAGUAGUUACAUCCUGCCCCAGUUUGUAUUGUUUUAGAGGCAUUCUUGUUCUUCCCCAGUCUAAUUCUCUUGUCUGUUUUAUGGCACUCACUAUAAUUAGCCUUGCACUAGAGUUGUUUGUGGUUUUGACUUCUCCUCCCCUUUUUUCAGCCUUCCCCAACCUAUUAGAUUGUGAGCUCUUAGAAGACAGGGGUGGCCCUUCAUGUCUAAUCCCCUACCAAAUCUAGCACAGUGCCUUGCAUCUAGUAGAUUUCAAUAAAUAUAUGUUAAAUAGC